GAGUCGCGCGGAACGUGACGUUUCAAACCUGCGCGCCCCCCGCGAGCGCACAGACCGGCGUGGUCUCAGAUUGGGACGUUUGGACUCGGGCCUGUGCAGAUGCAGCAGCUGGGAGUCCAGAGCUUCGCCCCGCCCCCGCUGGGUUGACCCACAGCUCAAUAGGAGUUGCAGAGGGGAAUCAAUGGAUUCAGGAAGCAGUAGGAAUUUGGAGAAUACAGUGAAUAGAGACUGUCCUGAUCAGCUUGUCCCAAAGAUAAACACAAACAAGAAAAUGUCUACCUUAGCAAGCCAGCCACGCAUCCUGGAAACAUCACAAGAAGUUAAGAAAAGUUGUGGAGAUAAACAGGUAGAAAUCACAGUCGAAAGAAUAAAAAUGACAAAGAGCAUCAAAGAAAAACAUAGCAAUGAUUUAGAGAAAGUGGCUUUUAAAAGAAAGGCAGAAAAUGAAGAAAAGCCAGCUGGAAAGAAAGAGACAAAGAUAACGGAACUUGACAGCACAUUGAUCACCAUGCCUCUGCCUCACAUCCCCUUAAAAAAUAUCAUGGAUGUGGAGGCGAAGUUGGUCUACGUCGAUGAAGAGGCUGUGAGCUAUGAGUUUGUGGAGUCCUUCGUGUCUACUGGGAUUCGACCAUCAUGCCAAGCUGCUGAAAUUGUAGACCCUCUGCAUGUACCUAAUUUCAGCUUUCUGCCUCAGAUUGACAAAUGGCUUCAGUUAGCCUUAAAGGAUGCCAGCUCUUGCUACAGACAAAAGAAAUACGCCGUGGCAGCAGGACAGUUCAGAACAGCAUUGGAGCUUUGUAGCAAAGGGGCAGCUCUGGGAAAACCAUUUGAAGCAUCUGCUGAAGAUAUAGCAAGUGUGGCAAGUUUCAUUGAGACAAAGCUUGUUACAUGCUAUCUACGCAUGAGGAAACCCGACCUUGCCCUGAAUCAUGCACACAGGUUUGUCCUUGUUCUUAGGAGUGCCAUGAUUGCUGACUACAUGUUCUGGCUCUGUGGAGGAAGUGAACAGUGUAUAAGCAAGCUCAUCAAACUGUAUUGGCAGGCCAUGAUUGAAGAAGCCAUCACCAGAGCAGAAUCUUUCUCAGUUAUGUAUACACCAUUUGCAACAAAAAUCAGAGCUGAUAAAAUAGAAAAAGUAAGAGAGGUUUUCACAAAAACUCAUCCUGCAUAUGUGGAAUACAUCUACACAGAUCUUCAAGGAGUCCACAUGUUGCCUCAGACAGUUGACUGGUCAUCUUUUCCUCCCCAACAAUACCUCUUGACUCUUGGGUUCAAAAACAAAGAAGAUGGAAAAUUUUUGGAAAAACUAUCAAGUAGGAAGCUGCCUACAUUUACAGAACAUAAAACUCCCUUCGGUCUGCUGACCAAAGAAGACACAGUGAGGCACAUGGAGACAAUGGGGAAGCGGAUCUUGCCAAUACUGGAUUUUAUUAGAAGCACCCAAUUGAAUGGGAGUUUCCACGGGUGCUCCGGUGUGAUGGAGAAGCUGCAGUAUGCCAGCCUCCUGAGCCGGCUGCAGAGAGUGAAGGAGCAGUCCCAGGUGAUCAAUCAAGCAAUGGCGGAGCUGGCAACCAUUCCCUAUCUACAGGACAUCAGUCAAGAGGAGACGGAAUUGCUGCAGUCACUAAUGGCAGAUGCUAUGGACACCCUUGAAGGAAGAAGAAACGAUAAAGAACGUGUGUGGAAUACAAUCCAAAAGGUUGGACGAAUUGAAGACUUCCUAUACCAAUUAGAGGAUAAUUUCUUAAAAACUAAAAAACUGAGAACCGCUAGAAGGCAAAAAACAAAACUGAAGCGGCUUCAAACUGUGCAGCAAAGCUAGUCACUGGGGAGCAGGUGCUACUAGCCAUCAAGAUGUCCCAGAGAAAGGGGCAAUGGCCUCCAACCAACCUGACUGUGACAAUCCAGUAACAAAGGCCUAUCACCAAAGAAGUGAGGUUGGACUCCCCUUGGCUCUUCUUUACAAAGGUGUUCUAUACUUCAUUAAUCUUGACUGGCAGCAGUAAAUGUUCUCAACAAGUUUGACUUGACUCUUGUUCAAAUUCGACUUAUGUAAACAGCUUAUAAAAUAACCAUUGCUGCCUCUUU